CGACGACAGAGCCUAUGUGGGACGUAGUGGAAACAUGGAAAACAUCCCCGUCUCACUCAUCCUAACCCCGGAACACUACUGCGUUUCUGUCACUAGUGUUGUCUGCCCGCCUUGCGUGAGGAAGCGACCAGCUGAUGGCUGGUACUGUGACAAUACGGUCUUGAAACAGCAGAAGAGCGCCUACCGGCAUUUGUAGUGGUCCGAUCAAGAAGCCCACACACCGCACACAUGUAUCCUUGUCUACGAGCAGUAGGAGUUCUACUACUACUUCAUGUCAAGACGUACUCGCCGACAGCCGCUACUACUACGGGCAAGCCCGUGGUUCAGCUGAGUCAAACAGACGCGGCCUGAGUUCUGAUCGUGAAGGUGUGACCUUACAGAAAACAACACGAGCGUGGGUACAGCGUUUGUGUAUAUAAAGAUUAGUGAGCGCUAUUGAACAGACAGCUGAUACUGUUUCCUUGCUGACAAUACAUGUGAGAAAGGGGGGGAAAAUUGAAUCUCGUUUCUGUGCCUCUAUCUGGAUGGACUAGGUACAUUGUGAUGUCAAGUUGCUCCGGUUGAAAAUGUCUUCAAAAGUUCUUCAGGAACGGUGACAGAAUCACGACUUCGUUUUCUUGCAAGUAAGACGGUUCAUUAACAGGUGUAAGGAACCGCGGAUGACUGUAGUCUCGAUGGCUUCUGCGUUCCGAGCUACUCCGGGUCGGAGUCGGCGCACCGUCAACAGCUGGGGACCCAUGUCCCUGCCGUCCGAAAUAAACCGGCCCGUGUCAGGGCCAUCCCAGAGUCAGCACAUGCCCGAAACAGAGGAAGAGUACGUGGAAUACUACCAGGAUCGCAUCUACUCUUCACAGAGCCGUCAGCUGUACCCGCUCCAAGAAGACCUCGCAGACUGGAUCAACAAGACAGUGGGGAUUGACUACAUCACGGGUGAGAACUUCCUGGAAAUGUUGGAUAACGGUGUAGUAGUAUGCCAUUUGGCACAAGUUAUCCAGGAUCGUGCCAAGCAAGUGGUCGACAUGGGAUCUGCGAAGGGUCCUGUACCAACAAUCAAGGGCCGGUGUUGGGAAAAUGCAGCUAGGAGGAGUUUCUUCUCAAGGGACAACAUGGAGAAUUUUAUCCAGUUUUGUCGAAAACUUGGAGUCCAUCAGAACCUGCUUUUUGAAAGUGAUGAUCUUGUUCUGCACAAUCAACCUCGAAACGUGAUCCUAUGUCUGCUAGAGGUGUCUCGCCUUGCGUCUCGCUACAGUGUGGAGCCCCCAAGUCUGGUGCAGCUGGAGAAAGAAAUAGCAGAAGAAGAAUCUCAGACUCACUCACACUGCCAUUCUGAUUCGGGGCUGUCGCAUAGCUCGCUCAUGUCCUGGCAGUUCCAGUCCAGUCCUGCAGUCACACCUCGUUCCUCCCCUGACAAGAUACGGCACAGCAGUUCUUCAUCAGCAAUCUCAUCAGGUAGCAUUAAUCGAUGGGGUCGAACACCGGUGGCACGUCCUCGUAGUAGUGAACGUCGCAGUAUGAUGUUAAUAGAGAGCUCUCCUGGAGGUGUUGGUGCCAUGUCUCCCCAAUGCGACCUGCGACGAGCAGCCAGUGAGGGUAACGCGGGUCCAGGAGCAACUAGCGGUGGUACCAGUGAUGGUGUUCCCAGUGACACGACUGAGGACGAUUGGUCCAGGGGCAGUGGUGAGGACCCAGAUCUAGAGAUUGAUCAGGAUCUUGGACAGGGAGACCAUACAGAGGUCACCGAAUUGGAUAGGAGGGUGCAACAGGUGGCGAGAGUGGCUCAAAGGCAUUGUCAUUGUCCGUCCAGCAAGUGCAACAAACUCAAGGUGAAAAAAGUGGGAGAGGGGCGAUACAACAUAGCCGGUCGCAAUGUCUUCAUCCGGUUGUUAAAGGGUCGCCACAUGAUGGUCCGUGUGGGAGGUGGCUGGGAUACUCUGGAGCACUUCCUUCUGCGACACGAUCCCUGCCAGGUGAAGGUAGUGAACAGGAACUCCCCAACCAACAAGUCAUCCUCACCAUCGUACUUGCACAUCCAAGCUAAAUAUCGUAGUCCGCCACCGUCAGACCCUAUAGGGCGCUAGCAGGCACCACACGUGCCUUCGUACGUGGCACUUGCCUGCCACAGCCGUUAUGCAAUCACCUGCUCAUAGAUACACCACGCCAGACAGGUUAUGGCUCAAUGAUGCAAAAAGGCAGUGCUUCACUUGAAAUUUAUUUUAUACAGAGGAACAAAGUAGGCAGUAGACAAUUUUUGUAUCUAAAAUGUUUUUCUGUGACUUUUUAAUAAUUAUCAGUGGUUUACUUUCUUAUCUUGACAGAAUACAACAGACAGAAUUGACAGGUGAUAUAAUGUCACAACUGAACACUUUGUGGCCUGGGAAUAGAUUCAGCGAAAAGAAAAUGUUUAUUUCUUGAGAUGAUAGUUUUUGUAUCAUCAUCAUCUUAAAACUUCAGCAUAUGCAUAUUACUGAAUGCAUUCAUAUAACAAAUUACUGUACUUUACGUAUUUGUGGAAUAUACAGUAAUGUGAAACUUUUCAUUCUAGUCUCUUUACUUGCGUGUGAUAAGUAAAUUCUGCGGAUAGCUUUACUCCUUGCCAUGUGUGAUGACACAUUUUAUGCUGGUACAUUCUAAAUGCAACAAACCAGCUUUCUCAUUUAAACUCAGACAUCAAUUUAACACAGCGAUCGGUGUGCAGAAAGUGACGGACAUUAAACUACAUAAAUGUAAGAAAAUUUCUUGAAAAACUAUGUUCUGUGAUUUAUUACAGACUAACUCAAAUAUGAGUCCUUUUGUACUCAAAUUUUUGUAAAUAAAAAUUGUUGAAUCCUAAAAAUUUAAAGACUGGUCCAAUGAUGGUCGUCGUUUUUAAUAUUAUGACUUUUAAUUGCUAAAUUGUUUUAUUUUAAUUAUUAUGUAUAAUCAGAACUGCUAAUAGGAAUGUAUAUAUAAAGCUUUAUUUAUAUUCAAGUUCUAUCUGCCUCUGCUCUUAUGAGCAUAAAAUGCAGAUUUUGACUGAAGCACUGCUAAUGUGAUCACUCUGUCACCUAAUAUUGCUUGUCACCUCACAGCAAAUGAUGCUGGAAGCUGGUAUUAUGUAGAUAAUAUGUUACUUGCAUUGCCUAAAGACAUUUGCCAGUAAUUUUGUAGUGUUUGAUAGUUUUAAGUAGCUGCAUAAAUUAAUACAGUUUUAAAUGUAUAUAUUAUGCAUGAUAAAAAUUAAUUUCUAAUUCUUUAAACUAAGGCAUGUAGAAAAUGUUUUGUAUAUUCUUCAUUUGUUAAGUUAAUGUUGAAUAACUCUCGAAAUGAGUUGAAUUGGACCUCAUUUACAAACAUGAUAAUACAUGUUAGAAUACUAAUUUCACACAAUUUCUUUUGGAAAAAAUAUUUUAAUUAUUUGAAAUAUUUUUGUUUCAUACAUUUGCAAUAAUGUAUUAUUUUCUUGAAUUGGUAGGAAUAUUUUGUAAUUGUAUUUUAAAUUGGGAAAAGUUGGCAAUAUUUCUUUAGAUAAUUUGUAAUUUCAUAAAGGUUUGCUCUAGAGAGCAGUGGGGCCCUGACAAUCUGCUACAGUGAACAACUUAAUUUAUGUGAAUUCAUAACUGAGUUUAGAGUACAAGUUUUUGAAACAUUCAAACACAUGUAAUUCAGAAAUGGGUUUAUCUGUAAUUACGUCUUGUUGUUUGGAGCUCAGUUGAUAAUAGUUAUGAUGAGACUCCAGAAAACUCAAAUAACAACCCCCAAUUUUAUUCUACUUUGUUAGUUGUAUUCUGUAAGUGUUUCUUUUUCUUUUGACCAACUGUCAUUUUAUAUUCCUUACCGAAAUGUCAUUUACAUUAUUUGAUAAUGGUUUCCUUAACCCUCACACUUUUUUAUGUUGCCUUCAUAUAGAUUAGGAAGUUUAUAUAUUUCCCACAUACAUUCAUUCUGGCAUCUGAAUAUUUUUAAUACAGUGGCACCUCGAUAUAACACGGGUUUUGGGUUAUAGCUUCAAUACCUGUGUUAUUUGUGAAAUAUGUAAAACAUAUGUAAUUGUAUUGGGGGUUAUGAUCACAGACACAGUAUAUCCAAAUUCGCAGUAUAAUGAGGCGCGGUAUAUUGAGGCUCCAGUGUAUCGUAUAUCAUCAAUUUCUUUUAUGCAUUUAAGGCAACCAGAUAUCCCCAAGACACUUCCUUUAUUUUCAAAUGAUAUUUCAAAAUAAGUCAUAAAUGUACAUUUUUCCUUCCCCUUUAAUAUGGACUAAAUAUUUAUCAUCAUCAUGUAUUAUGCAUUGUGUAUACAUAAUCUGUUUAAUCUGUAAGAACUGUUAUCAUGAUCUUCUCCUGAAUGAUUUAUGUAUGACAGCUGGCCCAUCUAGCUGCAGAAGGAAUGUGAUGUAACACUUUAAAUAUGAAGAGAUUUUAAAACUAGCUACACCUGGUUGCAUUGUGGUGCUUCAGUUUAGGUUUCAUCAGUUCAAAGUUCAUUAUUUAAGAAAUUAUACACUGUUGCAAAAUGUAUCAUUACAUUGUGUAAAUGUACUUUAUUAAAUAUGUAAACUUUUACCUUAUAUAACUUUGUUAAUUGUUUUCAUAGCAUGUGUUCAGUUGCAGAAGAUUAUUCACAUAACCUGGCAGCUGCUUUUAUUUCAGGUACAAGGAAAAGAGUCAAAACACAGAGUGAAAAGUGCAACAAAGAAAAAAACGUAACAUUCGCAGUUUAGACAUAAUAGUGUAAAGUGGGAAACUCAACUGUACUUAGAUAAGUGCAAUUGUAGAGGUGAGAUGAAACAUCACAUUCUCAUGUUAGUAACUGUUGGUUGGAAGUUUGUAGUUGGCACACAUGAAUUUUGUCAGCCAUAAUGCAUUUUUGCCAAUAUUUGUUUUGAACUAUAUAGUAAAAGAUACUUUUCAUUCAAGUUCAUGGUAGAAUGUGUGGUAAGACUUUGUGAUUUACCCUUCUUAUAUAUAAUUGUGUGAUUUAAAUAUUUAUUAGUAUGCAUUGUAUAUUUGCUGAAACCCCAGUCCAAGUGUUAUGAUCUGUAACAAGACAUAACAGCUUUGUUGGAAUUUGGUAGGUAUUCUUGCAGUUGAUGUAUCUGCAAAUUGCCUUAAUGUAUUAGUUAUUUAGACAAUCAAUUAUGAUGGAAAAUCACAGUCACCUCUGCGAUGUGGAAAGAUGAGCCUUGUCUAAAUGGUUUUAUUUCUCAGACUGCUUCUUCAGCUACAAUUUCAGUCAGUGAAUUGUAAAGGUAACCAAGCAUCAUGCAAAAUAUUUUCUAAUAUGACUUUCAUAUUAAUAAUUUGCCACAAAUUUGUUACCAUUUUGGAAGAAGGGUAAAAAUAUGAGAAAUAUGUUAAGGUAUAAAUUGAUGAUAUGGUUAUGAAAAGAAUGUAAUAUUAUUAUAUUCAUACUUUGUUAUGUGUUGUGUAUGAAUAACCAUUUACAUCAUGUUGUUAUAUCACACUUUAAAACAACAAAAGGGUGCUUUAACUUUGGUCCUUGGUUUGUAGACACAACACCAUAUAAUUUGAACUGUAAGAAUAUUAAGGCUUGGUUAUAUGAUUAAUGUCACAAGCUUUAAUUAAUUUUGUUUGAAUAAUAUACUUAUUCCACCAUGAAAA